AUGGGAUUACGCGGCCCAAAUGACAUGUUCGAAUCGAGACUGUCCGAUGAGUCGGAGGCAACACUAGAGGAAACACAGGAUUUUCUGCCCAACGAAAAAGACGGCACUGUACCAUAUUCUGCUCGACGGCAGAAGACAAAAGGCUUCGGAUCUCUCUUCUGGGUGGUCACCUGUUUCAAUGCAAUACUAUUUCCGCUGUCUCUCGUCUGCGCCGUAUCAGCUUUUCGCUGGAAAUAUGCAAUUCAGCACAAUCACGACAAUGCGCUUCUGCGUCUGACUAGUUGGUAUUCGCCGGUGUUCGAUCAGACGCAGAUCGGAAUCGUCGAUAAAAGAGUUAACGGAUCACUCCUGAACUUGGACAAUAGUAUCUUUCGGCAGGCACCUUCCCCCGAAGUAGACGAAGCAUGGGAGCGCAUCAGUAGUCUCAUGCCACACGCAAUAAGCACAGAAGAUGUCAUCAGACUUGGCAAAGACCCAUCUACGACGGCGAGAUUUCCUCAAGAUUGGGGUUUUGGGCCCGAGGCACAUGUUGCAGAGCUGGACGUCCUUCACACAAUUCAUUGUCUCAACGCUAUUCGACGCGACGUUCACUGGAGGCAUUACUUUAUCGAAGACUACCCGGACGGUGUCUUUCCCGAGCUUCACCGUGUUCAUACGGAUCACUGCAUCUACGUCGUACUGCAAAACCUGAUGUGCAGCGCGACACCGGAUAUCAUCACCCAGCCUUGGGUCGAUGGACAGCUACACCCCUUUCCGGACUUCAGCAUCAACAAAAAGUGCAACGAUUUUGACGCUAUACUGGCGUGGCAUGAGGACAACAUGAUCACGGACACCGCACGCUUCGCUGAGAUGCGCAUUCCUCAAGGGCAGAAACCUGUGCCGAUGUCAGACGAGUUCCACCGCAUGUUUGGGUCACAUCUUCACACCGUUCAAGCAGCAUAUGUUAUGGCUAGAAAUUGA